GACCAGAGACAGGUAUUGUUAUUUGCUCGAUGUUUUGACUUCAAAAAAUUCGAAAUUGACAAUAACUUAGGUUACCAAAUUAUAUAAUUAAUAUUUAAGUUAAAAUGAUACAUAAAUGGUUUCAUAAAUUUGUCCGACGAACCACAAAGCCGAUUCCAGAAGAUCAGGCACUUUUAUGGAAACGUCGUCUCAGCUUAGCUUACGGAUUUGUUGCGUGGAAUGCAUUUGGUUUGCUUCUUUUCGCCAUUUAUCAAGGCAAAGCGGAUUGGGCACAUUAUUAUGGUCUGAAAUCAGACGAAGAGCAAUCCAUGCCACCAGCGAGAGCGUGGGCGAAUACCUUGGGUAUAAAGAAUGCCAAAGUUUACAGAAUAUCUGGAUUCAAGAAAGUGGACGAGUAUGACAUAGUGGACGGAAAAGAAGUGAGACAAAAGAAACCCAUAGUAGAUAGUGAGGAAUUAGAAGAAUAAUAAACAGAAUAAUGUUACAAAAGCAAAUGUUACACUUGCUUUGCAAGUAUUGUAAUUUUUAAGCAUAAGAAAAAACGUUUGCUACACAUCCACAAUUUUUUUUAAAGAAUGUGUCCAAGAGCAAAAAUAUAGUCAAUAAAUUAUUACAAUAAU